AUUGUAUCCAGGCUGAUGUGGUUGGACCAACGGAACCCACACAGCAGGCGCGUGAGGGCACUUCAAUGGCGGUGUCGAACCCCGCACGCACAACAGACACUCUUCAGUCUUUAGCUCGACUGGAAUAAAAUAGCUCGGUCCGGAGACGGCUGACGCGGUGAUUGAGACAAUGGGGAUCGGGAUGGGUCUCAAUCUCCUCCUCUUGCUCGCCAUGGUCGCCACCAACAUCCUCUCCCUUUACCACCUCUCCUCAACGCGGAGCCCCACCCCCUCCUCUACGACUCCCGCCGACGUCCCCGACCACCUCCUCCACCAGCUCCACACUAUCCGUGCCACCAUCUCCCACCUCACCCGCCUCCGCUCAUCCUCUUCCUCCUCAUCAGCCGCCGCCUCUGCGCCGCCACCGGAGCUCCUCCUCUAUUCCCGCAUUGCCCCCAUCGCCUCCUCCUGCUCCGACCACCCAGACCUCCUCCACCGUUACAUGAACUACACGCCCUUCGCCGCCUGCCCCCGCGACGACGCCGGCGCCGUAGCCGAGGCCCUCAUCCUCCGUGGCUGCCAUCCCCUCCCCCGCCGCCGCUGCUUCUCCCCCACGGCACCUAAGGUCCCUGCGUCCCUCCCCUCCGACCCCUUUCACGCUGCCCUCCCCGACGCCGCCGUCCUCUGGCCGCUCUCUGCCGCCUGCCGCUCCUUCUCCUGUCUCCCUCCCGCCCUCGGUUUCGAUCCGAAGAUCGAGGCCACCCGCUUCCUCUCCGCCCGGUCCGUCCUCGACCUUCCCCUCACCCAGCUCCUCAACCUCGCCAGAUCCGCUGGCGCCGCUCCGAUACGCCUGGGCCUAGACGUCGGAGGCGGCACGGGGACCCUCGCGGUGCAGCUCCGGCGGAUGGCCAACGCCACGGUGCUGACGACCACCCUGGACCUGGGGGCGCCCUACAGCGAGGCGGCGGCGCUCCGGGGUGUGGUGCCGCUGCACGCACCGCUCCAGCAGCGAUUCCCUGUCCAGGAUGGGGUGCUGGAUCUGGUCCGGACGGGGCACGCCGUGAACAGGUGGAUCCCCGGGCCGGCACUGGAAUUCCUGCUGUACGACGCGGACCGGGUGCUGCGCCCGGGCGGGCUGCUGUGGAUAGACCACUUCUUCUGCCGCGCCGGCGACCUUGACGCCGUCUACGUACCCAUGAUCGGGCACCUGGGCUACCGCCGAAUCAAGUGGACGGUGGCGAACAAGACCGAUGCCGGCGGCCUCAAGAACGGGGAGGUGUACCUCACCGCCCUCCUCCAGAAGCCACUGCUUGCCGCCUCUACUGCUGUCAAAGCUUCUUCCAGCUAGGCCAGGAUAUCUCUUUUUUCCCCUUUAUUAGUUAUUGCUCAAACGAAAGCAUCACCCGAUCGAAAUAAGUAUUAUUAUUAGUAGUAACUCUUGGAUCUGUGAAGGGCCAAUGUGAAUACGAACAUCACAAGCAGUGGAGUGCUUAACGAGUUAGUUGCUCAAGGAGGAGGUGGUAGGAAUAAAAUCACUCGGAGGUCACGGGACCGCUGCAUGCUUGCCGGCGGGGAGCUACCUACCUACCGAGGGGUGAGAGAUUUAUAGCUCGAGUUUGGAAAUAACGUUACAUGAAACCAUAAUUCCCCAUGAAAUGUUGUUCCGAUCAUUUAUAAUUUGUAUUUUGCUUGUUUCUGACAUGUUAAGGGUUGUAGUUCAGGGAUCCAUAUUGAUUAGUUCAUUGUAUCAUGGUGGCUUGGCAGCUGCCCUCUCAUCUUAUGCAUUAUUACCUUUUAUA